GUUUCAAUCUAAAUUCUAAAGCCCUGUUUCUCUCUUCUCUUGUCGUGAAUCGCCUCCAUCCACAUGAAGGUUGCACUGAAUCUCUCUCUAUCCACCCUUGCGAGUCCUCUCCGUCGAAUGCUCCUGCAUCUUCGUGUAUCAUUGCCGUUUUGGUUCGAGUUUGGAGGUUUCAACUCAGUUUAGAGUUUGGAUUCGAGCAGCUUUUUCACAGGUUUGUUUUGAUUUCAAAUCGAGUUUUGUUUCAGUUCAGAAUUGGUUGCAUUUUGGAAUUCUGGCAUUUUUACGCUUUCGACUCAAUUACGGGUUCUAUUACAGUUUGAUUGUGAUUCGAUUUUGGUGAAGAGUUUGAAUUAAAAUUAACACGAGUAUACAACUUCAUAAACCUAAAUUGGAUGAGCACUUACCAGUUGAAAUGAAGAAAAAUGUGGAUUUCGUUCUCGCUCGCAAGGUGUUCGAUGAAAUGUCCCAACCGGAUUAUUUCUUUCUCGCUUGCUCAUAUUGCGGCACUAGAGGUUGAUCCUCCAGGAUGCGCUUUUAAUCCCACGCAUGAAAGUCAUCAGAAUCUUUCAGACGAAGGACUUGAAUGUAUUUCGAAAUGCAAGAACCUUGUAUCCCUCAAUCUGACUUGGUGUGUACGUGUGACCGAUAAGGGAGUUAUAGCUGUUGCUCAGAGUUGCACCUCUCUUGAAUUUGGUUUGUGGUUUGAGCUUUGUUUCUGCAGGUAACAUUAGGGCUGAGAUAGUUAAAUUUCUUCUUGAGUGGUAAGGAUCAGAGAGAGUUGAGAUGGACGCUACGACGACAUGCAGGCUGGCUGUUGUAUCAAGGUUUGAUUUAUGAUUCGGAAAAUUGGUCUUUUGAUUCAAUUUUGAGCUGAUGUUUUCAGAAACUCUAUGAAAUUAGUCGAGAUUCUUUACUGCUUGUAACUAUUAUGACAAGGAAUUUGGUCUGGACAUGAUAACAAACAUGAAAAAUAAAAUGUUUCAUUUGCCAAUUUGAUCAUUAACAUAAAUCUAGUCUCACUUGCAUAACAGUGGCAUAUAUCUCAAAUAUAAGUGCUUUCACUUUAAAAAGUUGUCUUUUUUUAGAAUUUCCCUAUAUAGAAUGCGGUAAAUGUUCAUAUUCAAUCUUAUAUUCAUAAAAAAUUAAUCGUGCUAACAUCUAGGCCUCCAUAUAUCCUUUAGCUCCUCUGUUGCUUGGACUGAAACUAAUUUAGACUGGACUCAACAAUCUUGAUUAACACAUCCUGUAUCUGUUCAAAACAGUAUGAGGGAUACACUUUUAUUCUUCACUGUGCAACCUAGAAAACAGUGGCAUAUAUGAGUUUCGAUGGAAUAUCAACAUGAAUCUCAACCACAUGUUUUCUUUUGAGCAACUCACCACCGGAACUCUUUAUCUCUCCACUGGGGUAAGCUAUGAUUGUAAAGUGAAAGGUCAGGUUUUGUCAUUUUGUUCUAUCUUUGAUCUAUUUGAUCAAACUAUUAAAAGCUUCAUAUUUAAAUGAUUCAUAGGUAGGACCUGGAACUUCCUUCUUUGAUGUCAUUUCCAAAGCAAUUGGAAGGAUUGAUAUCUUCUUAGAAAGGACCUGGGCAUGCUUUGUAGAUGUGUGCUACCAACAUGUUAGCUUAUAAUAUUUUAGUUGUUUUAUUUCCAUACUUUUAUCACUGUCUUUAAUAAUUUCUUCACCCGUCGAUAAUAAAUCUUGACAACAGAUAUAUUUUUGUUACAGAUUAAGGGUUGAAGGGAAUUCUGCCAGUAUGAAUAUUACUGCAACUCAGGUAAAAGUCCAUUCAUAGUUAUCAUAGUUCGCUCUAGCAAUAAUAGUUUACUUGAGCAUAACUAAGAAAAUCAAUUCUUAAUCUUAUGACCGAUGCAAUUUGGAAACUGGGGAUGGAGGGCUCCAAGUUCUGUGAGCUUUGACGGGGUACAUACAGAGUCAAAAUGAAACAGCUAUCAACAUGGGAGCAGAAUGGUUUGAAAAUGUCUUUUGGAAUAUGAUGUAUUCUAUAUAUGAAAACUAGAAUGAAAGUGUUGGUUUAAUAGUAUAUCUAACACCUAUACUAAUUCUGAAGUUUCAUUAAAUCCACAUUUCAUUCUCUUAAUAAAAACUUGUGUAGAGUUUAUAAUAAAAGUCAUAAUCCAUUCUCUCUUAGACUUUGUUCUCCCCAUUCAGGAGUUUAUAAUGUAUGUUUUAUGUUUUAUGUAUAUCUUAUUUCUUUAUUCUUUUUUCUUCAAAAUCUUAUUUCU